AUGGCCUCCGCUAAGUUACUAUGGGGCGUGACCCUGGGGCCAGAAGAAGCUCAAGAACCGGGAGUCACUGCGCCCACGCAGAAGACUCAGACCUGGCGAAGAUCAAGUGCAACCGGCUGCGACCGUCUUGUGAAGCCUGCCAAGUCUUCAACUGUGAUUGCAUCUAUGAAAAGAGGUCCCAAAACCGACGUACUCGAAGCCCUCCUGAAACGUGUGAAUGGACUGGAGAAGAGGUUGAAAGACGAAGGAAAAGAUCCGGAUGAGGACAUACAAGAAGCAAUCAUCGCGGAAAGCGUGAGGGAUGCAGCGGACAAGAAGCUGCACAAGAAGGCUCCUUCUCCGCCAGGUGCUGUGAUGCCCCAAACAGCCGAAGCACCGCAAAUGCAGCAGCAACGACCGCAACCCNCACAGCGUCAUCCGAGCAUAGGCUUCCCAGACCAAUUGAUGCGCCAGCAAGCCCCUUCCGCCCUCCAGAACAACACUCUUCUUGAUGCAUACUUCACACGGAUACACAGCAAGCCAUAUUAUAUUCUCGAUGAAGCGGCUACUCGCCAGAGAUGGCAGACCGGACAGCUUCCUCCAAGCGUCAUCAAUGCCAUCCAUGCCGUUACUGCUCGCUNNAGUGCCAUCAGCAUGGCAUUUGCGCUCAGCUUGCAUCGUGAACUUCCUGCCGGUCUUCGCAUCUCGCCCAACGAACGAGAGGGUCGUCGAAAACUGUUCUGGACCUGCUAUAUCAUGGACAGCUUCCUCGCCUCGGGCUCCAAGCGACCUUCGCUGAUUGCAGACGAGGCCAUCUUCNUACGGCUGCCCGGAUGGCAAUCCGAUUCCACCUCGAUACCAUACGAAGGCAACUUCUUCUCCAAUGGAAUAAAUCUACCCAUGUCUGCGGGACCCGGAAGACUGCAUCAGAGUGGUGGAUCCAUGUUGAUCGAGAUUUCAAGAAUAUUGGGCAUCACAAAUCGCUAUCUUGCUGCAGGCGGCGUGAAAGGCGACUCACACUUUCCAUGGCAUGCCCAGUCGAACCUGUCCAAGAUUCGGCAAGAUCUCGAUACUUGGGCUGCAAGCGCACAGGAUGCUUUCCUCUCAAUAGAAGCAUUAUUUGGCCAGACUGAAAGCCAGACGUUGGUUUUAAGCAAACUGGUUUACCACCUCAUCCACUGUUUGAUCUAUCGACCUUUCCUACCGAUUGACCUUACCGAGCUUUCCGGUACUGGACAACAUCAGUCCUGGCAAAUCGAAGCGACGAAUCUUUGUUUUCUACAUGCCAAUGCCAUUGCGGAGCUGACUGAGAUUGGCAAGCAUUCAUCCAUAAGUGAUUGGCCGGCCUAUGUCGGUUACUGCCUUUGUACUGCUGGCACCAUUCACGUCCAUGGUGCACACUAUCCUAGUCGAGAAGGAGAUGUCUUCACCAGGAGUGCCGAGUUCUUGUCCAAGGAGAUGUCUCAGCUAUCGGAAAUGCGCAUUGUCUGGGCUGGUGUGCAGCAUCAACGAGAGACCUUGCAAACGGUUUACGGCUGUCAUUCCCAGCUGGUGAAGUCCCUGGCCACCAACCCUAUGAGAUUCUCGCCUGUUUUUCAAAUGGAGGACUUCUUUGAUCGCUAUCCUGGACAGUUCAUCGAUGGAGCACACGUCACAUUCGCUGACAUUACGGUUGAAGCCUUGCACGAGAGCCUGCCGGCAUACAAUGGCUUCAACAAUACUAACAAUAACAAUAACGGUGGCACUUGGCAGUGGGCAUCACAGUCUCAAGGCGGGCCUUCUGUUCCUUCUGCCACUGCGACGGCCAAGACAUCCACCAAUAUCAAUAACGAUCAUCAUGUUUCUACAGCCAGUCGCAAACGCCGCCGCACCAAUGACGCCGCCAGUCCACCGAAUUUACCCGUUGUAAUCCACGACCCAGCCCUCAAUCCCUUGUCUCCAGACUUCGCAAACCCUUUGACAUCACCUGAUGCUACUGCUCAAACUCACCCGCCACCCACGACAGCAGCAGACGAAAGCCAGAUGUUUGCCCAAAAUCCACUCUCGCCAUCCUUUUCCUUUUCGCCAUGGCAAUCCCACCUCUCACUUCCCAUGGACCCCAAUCUCAAUCCAGCACAAUUCGACAAUUUAUUCAGUAUACCGGGACAAAACACGCAUUCGAAUGCGACCUUUGACCAACAGACUCCGGGAGGGCUUUCUGCGAAUGGCAGUGUGAAUACAGAAGGAGACAAAGAUCCGUUCAUGAGUCUGCUAGAGCAAUUGGCCGAGAACGAACAAACCGGGCAUGGGGGGCCUAGUGAUCUAGACUUUUUCUUAUCUUCGAAUGGGGGGCAGGGUGGAUUCUUGAUGGGUUCGCCAGAAGACUCGAAGAGAUGA